AUGACAGCAAGUCUUACAGCUUUCAUGGGGCCUUGUUAUUGCUUAAACUGGAAACUAGCCAACCACCCGGCGUUAAUAAAAGUAGGUAGAUCAGGGUGGGUCUGGGUUCGAACGCUUGCUGGCGAGUUAGACUGGUCAAGCUUUCUAUUCAGGAAGCCCUGCAUGCUAGCUAUAUACACAAGGUCGUUGAAGGACCGAAACAACGUCCAGGCAUUUAUGCCCCUUUAUAUCCAACUUUUUGCGUACAACGGGUUCAUCGGGUGUACUAAUUGUGUAAUUCUGCUGAAAAAAACCCUUUCAUGGCACCAAAUGAAUCAGAGCCUGCAGGUGGCUGUGGCAAACCCGCUAGACGGCUGUGGCGCCUUAAAAACCAAGUACAAUCCAUAUGCCGUACUGGUGGCGUUGCCGCCGGAUUCUGGGUGCCCCGGCAUGGAUGCGUUUUUCGAGAGCGCAGAAGAAGCGGGCGUUGCCGCCAUCCUUUUCGCUGACCCACGGGGAAGAGCAUACCUGAACGAAGUGUUGUACUAUCCCUUGGGGGAGACGUACGGCCUCUCGAUUUUCCUGAUAACGCAGGCCCAGGGGCUUGACCUAGUUAGCAUCCUUCAAGACCCUUCGUACGGCAACUUCUACGUGACCACCACUAAGGCCAACGCGGGAAUCGACAGCUUGGCCGAAUACUCGAGUUACGGACCCACCAUUGACGGCCGUUUUAAGCCGGACCUAAUCGCGCCCGGGCACAUGCUGCGGACUGCACGCCCACCCGACGAGAAACGUAGGAAUCGGGUUUUAUUUCAGGGGUCUGCGGUUUCCUUGAAGGCAUUAGUGCGGCCCAAAAGUCUUUCGUGUCUCAUCGGGCAUAUGGUUUGA